AUGUCACUCGAUCUAGACUGGAGCCUCUUGGACGACCACCUAUCCGACCGUUUCCUCGAGACCAUCAACCGUGCGCUCGAGACUUCCGCUUCUAAGCGACCCUCUUUCAUUGGCGAUGUGCGCUUCGAGAAUCUGCGCUUUGGAUCCGACCCACCUGAUGUCGCCAUCCGGUCCAUCACCGACAUCUGGCCGGACUUUGUCUCGAUCGACGACCCGCCUCUGCGUCGACGUGGAGCACGUCACGCCACACCAGCGAGCAAUGCGACGACGCUGGUAGAGUCGCCAACGGAGAGCUUCUCGGCGCAUCAUGGCGGAGUCGUGGGAGGCGGCGAUAUACCAUUGCGGACGUAUACGCAGUUUGAUGAUGCUGCGCCGCCGAACAGAAUUCAUGGACCGCCAAGUGUCGUUUCGGCGAGCAUUGCCGGGAGUGCACCGAUGACGCCUGCGGCAGGGUUUGGAGGGGCGAACGGGUACUAUCAGCAGUGGUCGGCUGCGCUAGCGUCGAGAGGGAUACGAGCUGCUGGGAUGGGUGGAGCAGCAUCGUUACCACAAACGCAAGUGACGAGUCCAAUCGACUCGGUUCCUCCAUCGCCAGGUUACUUUCAACACUGGCAGCAGCAGCAACAACACUCCACAACGUCCGGGCUGGGACUACCGUACUCGGCAAAUAACUCGAGACAGACGAGCUUCGUCGCAUCUUCUUUUCGCGGUGGCGGACCUGGUCCGCAAAGCAGCGUCAGUCAAAUUGGCGCAAAGCGAGACAGCGAUAGCCUGCAUCCGCCCCUUUCCCACGGAUUGAACGGGGCUGGGUUCGGUGCGAGACCGUCGAUGCGAUCAACCCCAACAGCCUCGUUCCGCUCGUUGUCGGGUCAAAUCUCACCAGGAGACGAACGAGAAGUAACGCCCUCCCCAUCCUCCUCCUCGCAACUUCCUUCGUUGCAAAUGCGAUUAUCACUCGUAUGGCCCACCACAACGUUUCGACUCACCAUCACGACCAGCCUGCUCAUCAACUACCCCAGUCCAGCAUUCAUGUCCCUUCCCCUCACCCUCUCCGUCACAGGCUUCACGAUGCGUUCCGGACUGAUCAUCGCACUCGAGGGAGAACAUCAGCGUGCUCACGUCUGUCUCGUCGAAGAGGACGAUGGCGCGGAAACACCCGCUGCACCUGCUGCAGCUGCAUCGGCAGGAGUCGGAGGUGCGGGUGCCAAAAAGGCGACAUCAGCAGGGAUGAACAUCUUGCCGCAGCUGACGUUCGAGAGCGAAGUCGGAGAACACGAGAAGCACGUGCUGAAGAAUGUAGGGAAGGUGGAGAAGUUCAUAGCAGAGGUGAUUAGAAAAGGGUUGGAGGAUGAAUUGGUUUAUCCCAAUUACUAUACCAUUGAUCUGCCGACGAAGGGGAGAUCGUAA